AUGAUAGAAUUGGAAUAUAUUAUCAGAUUCGUUGGACCAAGGUCUGGGGCUUUGGCCACUUACAAUCGACCGUCAACGACAUUGGUGUGGCUCCGUUCCACAGUACUUCAAAAAGAACGAAAUUACCUCACUGGUCACCCCAAGGGUGUCGCUGGUGCGUGGAUGUUGAAUGGUGCCAUCAAAAUCUUGCAAUCGGGUAUCGUUCCUGGUAACUGUAAUGCCGACAACGUCGACAAGGUCUUGGAAGACUACGAAUACGUCCUUUACCCCUCGCGUUCGAUCCAAACCGAUGGUAUCAAGGCAAUAUCGGUGGCCUCGUUCGGUUUCGGUCAAAAGGGUGCUCAAGCCAUGGUUGUCCACCCCGACUAUUUGUUCGCCGUGUUGGACAAGCAAGCCUACACUGACUACGCUCAAAAGGUGUCGGCUCGUUACCGCAAGACUUACUGUUACAUAGGACAAGCUUGA